AUGGACUUGGGCGGUGCCGCCGGAAUCGAGGUGAAGAUGGGUCAAUCGGGGAGAGCUCGACCCCUUGGGUGGAGACGUUGGCCUCAGUGGUGGGUCUUUUCGCUUGCCUUGUUGAAAGGUUGACAUUACUGACGUAAUAGCAUCUGCGGGGUUCUGACCAGGCGGGUCCGAAAACGGGGCCGCUCAAGUACGAUGACAACACUUUCGCUCUCCCCCUGCUCCCCACGUCGACCAACACCGAGGUUCGAAAACCCGAUGGAUCCGUGACCCACAAAGACAAGGCCGGCCGGUUCUCCUUCGGCGACAUCGUCGCCAUUCUAGAAUGCACCCUCACCGCCCGGCUCAACAGUCUCGAAGAUACGCAAAGGCGCAGUCAACCGCCCGAUCACAAGCUGCUCCAGCUUCUCAACAACGUCAAAUCAGUACUGCGCCAACAUCAAUUGGCGGACUUCGCUCUCGGAUUCGCAAUACGCCUCGACAUGGUGUACGCCGUCAAGGUCGACAACGAGGUGGUCACAACCGUCGAGCUGAAGGACUGCUGGAAGACGUAA